UGCGGCCCGCACCCGCAAGCGAUUGAUUCUGCCAUGUGAGCAGCGAAACCCUCCUCUACUCCGUACCUCAAACGGACCAUCUUCACCCCCAAAGCUGGGCAUGUUCAGAGACGGUACCUAGAGCGAGCAGCCUCCCCUGAGACUUCAUAUCAAUAUCAUCUCCACUGCUACAAUGCUGCCUUUAUUGUCUCUAGUGGGGUUCACACUUCUUCUCCUACUUGUGGUUUAUCGUUUUGUCAUUUACCCCACUUUCCUCUCUCCUCUGUCAAAGAUACCCAAGGCUCACUUCACCGCGUCUAUCCUUCCUUUCUGGCUCAAGUGGAAGCAGCGCAAUGGAGCAACUGGUAUCCAUGCCAUCUUUGAGGCACAUAGGAAAUGCGGUCCAGUGGUGCAGAUCAGUCCGAAUGAAGUGAGCGUAGCAUCUCUGGACGGUCUGCGCCAGAUCUACACAGGCGGCUUCGAGAAGCCAGAACACUUUGCGGAGUUUAUGAAUUACGGUACACCUAAUCUGGUUUCUAUGCUGGACUACAAGUCACAUUCAACACAGAAGCGCAUGAUAUCUCAUGUGUAUUCCAAGUCUUACGUGCUGAAUUCCAAGGACGUGCAGACUCUAUCGUCCGUGCUUCUCUUCGAUAGGCUCUUACCAUGCCUCCAGUCUGUUGCAAGCAGUAGUACUCCAUUAGAGGUCCAUGCCCUCAACGAAGCUUUGGGCAUGGACUUCACUUCGGCCUAUCUUUUUGGUCUUGCAAAUUCCACCGAUUUCAUUCGCGACAUUCGUACCCGCCGAGAAUACAUGAAUAAUAUACGAACGAAAAUGAGAGGCUUAUACGGGAGUUUAGCGGCCACAAAAGAGCAACGGAUGAAAGCAACGCAAGAGGUAGAAGCUUUCGUCCUAUCCUUAUGCCAGGCCGCGGAAAGAUCCCAGGUCCCCGACGAGAAAUCACCAACUUCCACUCCCAAUACCCAACCAGUCGUGUACUCCGAACUCUCCUCCCACCUCUGCAAAUCGUCAUCCGAAUCCGACAAAUCCCACCUCAAAGCCACCGCCUCUGAAAUGCUCGACCACCUCCUAGCAACCCAUGAAACCUUCCGAGUAACCCUGACCUACAUCCAAUGGGAGCUUUCCCGCCGCCCCUCCCUCCAAUCUUCCCUCCGCGCCGAGCUCCUCACCCUCUCCCCCUCCUUCCACCCCACCAACUCCCAAUCCCCGCAUCCCCUCCCGCACCCCCAAGAUCUCAGCAACCUCCCCCUCCUCGACGCCAUCGUCAAAGAAACCCUGCGCCUCUAUCCACCCACCCCCGCGCUCAGCAUGCGCGUCGUCCCUCCCAGCGGGACCGUCAUCGACGGCUACUCCAUCCCCGGCGGCGUCGAAAUCGGCACCUCCGCAUACUGUCUCCACCGCAACCCAUCCGUGUUUCCCGAGCCCGAAUCCUGGCUGCCCGAGCGCUGGCUCGCUGCUUCCCGCCCGCCGCAGAUGAAUUCCUGGUUCUGGGCUUUUGGAAGCGGGGGGAGGAUGUGUAUCGGGAGUCAUUUCGCUAUGCAUGCAUUGAAAGCCAUCACGGCAACGACCUACACGCAUUUCGAAACGACCAUCGUCGACGACGACGGGAUCGAGCAGGAAGACACUGUUCUGGCUGGUCCCAAAGGCGAGAAGCUAGUGUUAAGCUAUCGCGCUGUUGCGGAUUCCUGAUCACGAGUUUAGGAUAUGAUUGAGGUAUGAAUUUCAUGAUGGAGUCUAUUUAUACGGGGUAUGGGAAUAUGCUCGCCUUUAUUGUUAGUUAUUGGAUCACUACUUUAUUCAUACUUAGCGUGCAAUGAUACUUUAUUAUCGC